GCCCCUUCGGACCCUCCCAAACGGUUUGUUUCCUUUCCCAUCGUGCAAGAAAGAAAGAGGCAAAUCCAGGGGCGUGCGCCAUACUGCCAACAGCACGGGCUUAGGAGCUCCUCUCCGCUUCCAGUCGCCAAUUCGUCAUCCACCGCCUGCCACCCUUCCCCUCUCCACCACCGUCUCCCCCGAGCUCGUGGGUCUCUUGAAGUGUUAAGAUGGCAAGCAAUACUCAAUCUGAAGGUUCGGCCUCAUCUGUUCCAAAAAAUCCGGCCAUGGCUUCAUGCCGGAAGAAGAAAUCCGAUGAUGAUGCUACCUUCCUCGAAGAUCUGAAAGACCACAUCGAUGAGUUCAUUCAUGCCUCCAUGGAUGAGCACAAGACAUGCUUUAAGAAGAGCAUCCAGAAGAUGUUUGGGAUGUCAAAGCUUGUCGCAGAGCGAUCCGCGGAAUCAAAGGAAGCUGAAGUUGAAAGUGCUCUGCCGCUUCAGACCAGUGUCUCGCAGUAGAAUGUCGUGGAGGCGGCAGUUUGCUGCUUUGUGGUGUCACCAAUGCUUAACUAUCAGCAUUAGCGUGUGUUUGUACCAGGAGUCUAGUGUUUUUUUCUCCGACGUUUGCUACUUUGCUGUAUGAGUACAUCUCUAUAUUUCAUAAACAUGCAUUGAACAGUAGGAGUACAAGUUGACAUUGGAAUAUCGCCAAGUUAAUGAUGAGUUCU